CGCCAUUUUGGAGCUCCGGAUGAGGAGAGGAAAAGUGGGGGAAAAGAGGGAAAAGAGCCUGGGGUGGGCAAGAACAAGGGCGAGGGCACGGCCGGGCUCCUGGCCGGCCAAAGGAGGCUCGCGGAAGCAGCAGCCGCCGCCCGACCGCAGAAUAUUGGAAACUUUUUCACUGCCAAGAGAAAUCAUUACUUUGCUUCACCAAGAAAGAGAAGUGUUUGAUACUAUAUACUUUCAUUCUUGGCCACAGCUGGAUUUUGAAGAUUGAUCCAGGGGACUGUGUUAAUUUCAGGAAUUGAUUUGAAAGACAUUGGCUCUGCCACUUAACAGCCAUGUAACCUUGGAUAUGGAAGAAAGCAACAGUGUUGUCAUGUUGGUUCCAGAUAUUAGGGAACAGGAAGCUAUACUAACUGCUGAAACUGUCAUCAGUUCGUCUUUGGAAAAUGAUGAACAAAGAAAAGCUAAAACAGAUCCAUUAAUCCAUGUUAUCCAGAAAUUAAGCAAAAUAGUGGAACAUGAAAAGUCACAAAAGUGUCUUUUAAUUGGGAGAAAACGUUCACGUUCAAGUGCUACAGUGCACACUCAUGAAACUCAAGAACUUUGUGAGAUUCCAGCUAAAGUAACCCCGACACCUGCUGCUGAUAUUAGAAGAGCUGACAUGUCACAAAUGCAUUUUACUCCUGACUCUCUUGCGCAGAAUGAUGGGAAGGCUAUGUCUUACCAGUGUAGCCUUUGUAAGUUUCUGUCAUCAUCUUUUUCUGUGUUAAAAGAUCAUAUCAAGCAGCAUGGUCAGCAGAAUGAAGUGAUACUAAUGUGCUCAGAGUGCCAUAUUACAUCUAAAAGCCAAGAGGAACUUGAAGCUCAUGUGGUAAAUGACCACGAAAAUGAUGCCAACAGUCACACACAGUCCAAAGCCCAACAGUGUGUAAGCCCCUCCAACUCCUUGUGUCAGGGGACCACAGAAAGAAACAGUGAAACCAUUCCUGACAUCCCAGUAAGUAUGGACAGUCCCCAAACUCAAAGUCUCCCCACUGCAUCGAUGGUGGAAAUGGGUAGGAGGAAAUGGUAUGCCUAUGAACAGUAUGGCAUGUAUCGGUGCUUAUUCUGUAGUUAUACUUGUGGCCAGCAGAGAAUGUUGAAAACACAUGCUUGGAAACAUGCUGGGGAAGUUGAUUGCUCCUAUCCAAUCUUUGAAAAUGAAAAUGAACCCCUAGGCUUGCUGGAUUCUUCAGUGGCUGCAGCACCCAGUGCGGUUGGUGCAGUAGUCAUUGCUAUUGGAGACAGUGAACUGAGUAUCCACAACGGGCCUUCAGUACAGGUGCAGAUUUGCAGCUCAGAACAAUUGUCAUCUUCAUCUCCUUUAGAACAGCCCAUGGAAGGAGGUGUUCACCUAAGUCAGACAGUUACCCUUGACUCUAAUGAGGAAGAAAUGCUAGAGGUGAUUUCUGACAUGGAGGAAAAUCUGAUUGCUGAUAGCCUGCUUUCCUCAGCACAGAAAAUCAUUAGCAGUAGCCCAAAUAAAAAAGGUCAUGUUAAUGUGAUAGUGGAGCGUUUGCCAAGUGCUGAAGAAACUCUUUCACAGAAACAUUUCCUCAUUAGUGCUGAAAUUGAAGAGGGGAAGAACCUGAGCUCUGCAGAAGCCCAGAUGGAAUGUGAAGGGAGAGAUGAAGUUUAUCAUGCUGACAAGUGUGCUGUUGAUAUUGGGGGACUGAUCAUAGGCUGGAGCAAUCCAGAGAAGAAAGAGAGUGAGUUAAUAAAUAAAGGACUGGCUACUGAUGAGAACGCACCACCAGGCCGAAGAAGGACAAAUUCUGAGUCUCUUAGACUACACUCAUUAGCUGCAGAAGCCCUGGUCACAAUGCCUAUAAGAGCAGCAGAACUAACAAGAGCCAACCUUGGGCACUAUGGAAAUAUAAACCUUUUAGCCCCAGAUACUGGACAAAGGCAAGUAGAUAGUACAUUAGCAGCAUACUCUAAAAUGGUGUCACCACUUAAAAACUCCUCAGAUGGAUUAACUAGUUUUAACCAAAGCAACUCUACCUUGGUAGCACUCCCAGAGGCGAGGCAAGAAUUGUCAGAUGGGCAAGUUAAGACAGGCAUCAGCCUGUCCUUACUCACUGUAAUUGAAAAAUUGAGGGAAAGGACAGACCAAAAUGCUUCAGAUGAUGACAUUUUGAAAGAGUUGCAGGAUAAUGCCCAGUGCCAACCCAACGGCGAUACAAGUUUGUCAGGAAGCAGUGUAGUGGAAUACAUCCCCAACACUGAUCGGCCCUACCGCUGCCGCUUGUGUCACUACGCCAGUGGUAACAAAGGCUACAUCAAGCAGCACCUGCGAGUCCAUCGACAGAGACAGCCAUAUCAGUGUCCUAUCUGUGAGCACAUAGCUGACAACAGCAAAGAUUUGGAGAACCACAUGAUCAACCACUGUAAAACCAGACUAUACCAGUGCAAGCAGUGUGAGGAGUCUUUUCAUUAUAAGAGUCAGCUGAGGAACCAUGAGAGAGAGCAACACAGUCUUCCAGAUACUUUGUCAGUAGCAACAUCUAAUGAGUCAAGAAUUUACACUGAUACAACUGAUGGCAAAUGUGUUCAGGAAGGAAAUAAAUCUUCAGUCCAGAAACAGUAUAGAUGUGAUGUGUGUGAUUAUUCAAGUACAACAUAUGUUGGUGUCAGAAACCACAGACGAAUCCAUAACUCAGAUAAGCCAUACAGACUCAUAGGAUCAGUUGCAGUUGUCCCAGGGUCUUCCUACCAGUGGACACCAUCAUCCUAUGAGAAUCCUCUUUCUGUUACAUCAAGGGAGUCUCAAUGCUCUCUGUGUGGGUAUGUAUGCAGCCAUCCUCCUUCUUUGAAGUCUCAUAUGUGGAAGCAUGCCAGUGACCAAAAUUAUAAUUAUGAACAAGUAAACAAGGCUAUUAAUGAUGCGAUUUCACAAAGUGGCAGAGUUCUGGGUAAAUCCUCUGAAAAGACUCUACUACACAGGAGUGAAGAAAGAGCCGAUCCUGUCACUGGAUGUUCAGAAAAUUUGGGGUCAUCCUCAGAGCUGAUUUCCCAGACUCCUGGUGAAGUUAAAGGUCCCAAUGAGAAUGAGAAAUUGAGCCCUACAAGUAAUACCUCAUAUAGUUUAGAAAAAAACUCGAGUCCAGCCCCUCAUGGUAUGGAAUAUUGUGUUUUACUCUUCUGUUGUUGCAUUUGUGGGUUCGAAUCUACCAGCAAAGAGAAUCUCUUGGAUCAUAUGAAAGAGCAUGAGGGUGAAAUCGUAAACAUCAUCCUAAAUAAAGACCACAGCACAACUCUAAACACAAAUUAGAUUGAAUAAUUACUUGAAGAGGAGUAUGCUAGAAGAGGAAUCCUUUAUACCACAAUUCCACUUUUGUGCUAUCAGUCCUUACUAGACACAAAAGAAAUAGUUAUUGAUUUUUGGGGAAAUGACAGAUGUGGCUUUAGAACCAAAUUUGUAUUGUAAUAAAAGGAAUUCCAAAUGGAUAAGCAGUAAUAAUAUUUAAAUAUUUUCAGUGAGAGGAAGUAAGUUGAGGUAGAAGCAAAGAUGUAAUCCUGUAUUAAUAACCCUUGUUACCUCUUUUUAGCAUUGAGUGUAUUUAUUAGUAAAAGCUUAUAGUGUACAAAUGCAAGUGAAAGAGUUGAAAAAGAGCUUUCCAGUCUAAAACAUACUGUUAAGGAAGUGUCACCGUCUUAAGCAGAGCUUAGUUUUCUUCAUUCUCAAUUUUGACAGGCCUCUUGUGAGAAAUGGGAGUCAUUUCUCUUGAGGGGUUUUCAGCGUUGCCAAGAGUCAACAAGGAAGAAAUAUCAUCAGAGGGCUUUGAAAUGAUCUACCUAAAUCUUUCCCCAAACUUAUAGGAAUUAAUCAUAUACUAAAUCUAAGAUAUAUUAGUUUACUGAAAGAAAGAAAGAAAACCUCUAAAUCCAAAUCUGGACUGUAAAUAGGCAUUUAAGAUGUAAAUUAUUGUCUUAAUUUUAUAGCAAAUUUCUUGUGGGCAAAGGAGGAAAUAGGUGAAUUCCCAUCAGACUCAAACCAAAUCUCAAGGUUCAUAAAAAUGGUAAUUCAUUGAGCAUAGUGCACUUCCCAAAGGUUCUUUUCAGAGUGUUAGAACACUGCAAUUUUCUCAGUAGUUCAUAGGCUGCCUCAUCCUCUCUUCUAAACUAAAACAAGCUUGUUAUCUGAAAGAGUCUAUUUAAAGCAACAAACAAUAAAAACUUGCAUCUGAUCAUCAGACCUUGGAAAUAGUUUGAACUCAAAUAAAAACCAUUUGGGGGAACAGGGUGAAAUUUAGAAGUCCUUUAGAAUGAGUACUGCUAUUGAGAUUUUACUUCUGGAUUUUAAUUUUGUUACACUUAACAUAAGAGGCAUAAUCAAGUGUGGCUAAAAUAAAGUAAAAAUUCAGGUUGCUUAUAAAGCUUGUAAUAACAAACAUUUUGCGAAUCUACAGGAUUUCUCCUGUCUUGAAAAUUCCAUUUUGUUAGUGUGCAAUGUGGAAAACCAACUAAAACAACUUUUGCAUUAAAACUCACCAUCAGGUAGAUGUGAUUACAUAUUUUGUAUUAUGAUGUUUCAAAGAUGAAGAAAACGAUUUGUGUUUGGGGUUUUUUUUUGCUUUUGUGGUUCUGAUGAUUUAUUUAUAUACACUGUUUUGUUCGUAAAUUCUGCCUACAAGUCAAAAGGCUGGUGCUCUAUGCAGUGCACCAUCUUCACGGUGCUAUUUCUGAACUUUAUUGAAUAGGAUACUCUGUAGACACAUUCUAGGUAAGAAGUCUCUCCCCAAAGUCCAGGUAGGAAUUGAAUGAAUGAAUAUUUUUAAGAUCUAAGGAACUAAGCAUUAGAAACUAAACUGGGCCAGGCAUCUUAAAACACAACCUGAUUUGUUUUCUUAAUCUCAUUUUCAUGAUGAUAUUUCAGUAAACAAAAUUAAUUGUAACUUUGCAGCUCUUUAAUUUAGGUAGCUUUAACUUAUAUGUGAAAAUUCAUUUCUGAUACUGUUUUAAAUACCAGGUUUUUUUAAAGAUAAAAUGAAGUGAUGUAUACCAAAUUAUAUUCUCUAAAUCAACUGCAUGUGGAUUUAUAUUUAUUCUCUCAUUUUCAUAAUUAAAACAAAUAUUUUUCAUUUCAGAUUCAAAUUAAAUAUUUCAAGUGGUUCCACUAUCACAUUAUUGCCACUCAGUUCUUUCAUUGCUGUUAGCUAAAACUCAGUGUUUCUUUGUAGAAAUCUGUUUUGAAAAUUAACAGACUUAGAAGAAUUUUGUUUUAUAAAUUUUCCUUGUCUUAAUUUUAUUCAAUCAUUUGGAAAAUACUAAUAACCAAAAAAAAAAAAAAACCACAAAAUUUCAACAGUGAAUUUGUUUUUAAUUUCCUUUCUUCUUUUCCUUAAACCUCUUCCAUCAACUGUUCUUUAAGUUUCCAUUUGGAAUCAUGAAUUUAAAAUUUCCCUAGCUCAUGGGAAAAAAUUAACCCAGAAAUUCAAAACCUUUAAAAGUUCAUCUGAUUUUGGCCUAGAAUGUUUUCAGAAGCUUUCUCCUGACCUAUAGGAAGAACAUUAUACCAAGGAUAUUCUGUACCUUCCCAUUAUCAUUUUGUGGCAAGCCUUAAGUUAACAAUGUCUCUACUGCUAAGAAUAAUUGAGUAUUUCUAAAAGUAAUAAUGAAGACUAAAUAUGCAAUUUUAAUUGUACAAGAGAUAGAUAUUAAAAUAGCAGGAAUUCCCUUUGUAGGAAUAACAUUUUAUUUAUUGAAACUAGAUCUUUUGCCCUAUAAAGCUCAUAGUAUUUGUCCACUGUGAACACUAAGAUUUGAUAGUGAAAAUAGUUUUUAAAAUAAACUUAAUGGGUAAGUCAAAGGUAGGGAGGGGGAAGAUGAUGCAUUCUGAUCAUUAUAAAUAAUACUUUUCAGGGAUCUAUCAUUUUCUUUCUUUCUAUAAUAAUCCAGAAUAUGGUUGGUAACCCCAGUGUUCUAAUAGUACCAUGCCUAUAUUCCAGUUGAUCUGUAGGCUUUUAAGUUCUGUGUCCAGCCAGUGCAAUGUAGUGACACUGAUGAAGCCUUUGUUCUAGGUCUUUCAUCCUAUUUGAGACAACUUGGUGGCUUCGUUAUUAUUUUCUCUGUCUUUUCUCAUAAAGCAAAUGGUGGGCACCCAUGUUUACAUUGUAUCUUCCCACAAUGUACUUGGCUUGACAAAGACAAGCAGGCUUCUCUAUUGAAACUUACUAUAUUUUUAGUUUUCAUAGACUUUUAUUUAAUCUUUUUUAUUGUACAGAAGGUGCUCUGAGUAAUAUUCUAUAAAAUAUAUUUAAUAGAAAUUUGAGUUUGAUAUUCAUGAACAUGAAUACAUGUAUUUUUUUAAGAAAUAAGUAUUGUGUAACACUAUGGCAUUGCUUCUCUAGCCAAAGUCUAAAAAUUUCUGGAACACUGACAUGUAAAGACUACAGUUAAUUCUGACACUGUAUCUUAUUAAAAUAGGAUGAUUUGCAUUUUGUAAAUUUAUCCUGCACUUCAAGCUGCAUGCCUUAAAGCCUAAAACUCUAGGAUUGUGUUCAUGGUAGAACAGUUUAUCUGUUCAUCAAACAGUGAAGCAAGGUCUAUAGUGCUUCUUUAACUACCUUUGGAAAUACUGUAUAAUGUUAGAAUAAUUUAUUUUGCUUUACAGGAGUUUGUCAUGUAUUGACUUUAAUAUUGUAUUUUGGUAAUAAAUUUUUUGUUAAAAACACUUGCCUCUAAGUUUUAUUAACUAAAGGUUAUAUCUAUUCUUGUCUUAGAAAUACUGAUUUAAUCUCUUAGAAAUUUGGGUUUAAAUAAUGAAGGACUUCCCAAGGUUUAAAAUAAGGCUUGUGAUUGCCCUUUGGUAACUCGUUAAACUCCUGACUAGCAUUAAAUUGUGUUAAAGGAAGAUAAUUGAAAAGGCA